AUGGAGACCAAGGACAUCGUGAAAGGGUUGUCCUCUUACACAACUUGCGAUGUAGCCGAUGCGCUGUCAAAACUCAAGGUCGCUCAUGGUGGCUUCUUGGCUGGCUUGACGAUGUAUUACGAUCUCAGGUGGUCGCCUCGCAGACAAGAAGGUACGACAAAGAUUGUAGGGCCAGCACACACAGUCAAAUAUGUCCGUAAGAACUAUGAGAGCGAGCCCACGCCUCCGGAACAUUAUCUUGAUAAUGUCCCUUCUGGGUCCGUUGUGUUCAUCUCUGCACCAGCACGAGCGAUCAAUGCAUGCUAUGGCGGCCUGAUGAGCACCCAGGCGCAAUACUCAGGCGUAGUAGGCACGGUCAUCGAUGGACGGCUGAGAGAUCUACAGGAACAUCGAGAUAUGGAAUUCCCGGUCUUUGCCCGGGACGUUGGUACCACAGCACCAGCAGAAGCGAUGCGGGUUGCAGCAAUCAACGAGCCUGUUUGGCUCAAUAGCGAGGACCAGGAUGCGACUAUCAACCCAGGCGAUAUCCUGGUAGGAGAUAUUAACGGUGUUGUUGUGAUCCCAAGGAGUAUGGCGGAGAAAGUGCUGGAGCUUAUUCCUUCGCAGGUGGAGGCCGAUGAGAAGGUCGCGGCUGAUAUCAGGAAGGGAAGACCUGUACAGGAGGCGCAGAAGGAGCACAGGGCUAAUGUGAAGAAGCCAAAGAUGUAA